CUGGCGAGAGCCUCCGCAUGAGCACGCAGGAGACCUCGAUUCCUGGCGUUGACAUGACCGUCAACCACGCUUACAACGCAUACGCUGCCAGGGGCCAAAUCACGGACGGCUCCAUCAUCUACGCCAACCGGUGUCUGCCUAAAGAUUUUGCGCACCUGGACGCCAUCAACGUGCGCGCCUGGGACAGGGUCCUGCUGUGCCGCUACGGCCCGGUGCAGAGCCCCGGCGAAGCCCUGGAGGCCGCCACCAAUGUCGGUGCGCGAGGCGUGAUCUUCUUCCUCGACCCCGCGGACGUGACGAACGGCGGGCCGUCCUUCCCGCAGUCCUGGUGGAUGCCCGGAGAUGCCAUCCGCCGCUCCCACGUACGCCAGGAUGAAGACAUCGGCGAUCCCAUGACGCCAGGUUACGCUUCCAGAAAAGUUCUCAAGACACUCUACAAUGUUCCGUGGAACGCGACCCGGAUCCCCAAAAUCCUGGCUCAGCCCAUCGGUUAUGACGACGCUAAGAAGGUCAUGGGGAGGAUGAAGGGCAUGGAAUGCCCGGACGACUGGAAAAUCGGACUUGGCCACUGCAGCAUCGGCGAGACCACUGAAGACCGCGUGAUGAUGGAAAUCUUUAACACACUCCCAAGAAAAAAAAUCGAGAACGUGGUUGGGUACCUGCUGGGCACGGUUGAAGCUGACCGGUACGUGAUGUUUGGCGUUCCUUUGGAUGGCUGGAGCAACGGAGCCGUAGCUCCAGGCUCGGCGCUGGCGCAGUCGCUCGAGCUCUGCCGGCUGCUGGCGGCCCUCACCAAGACCGGAUGGAAGCCUCGCCGGACCAUCGUGUUCGCCGGAUGGGACGCGCACGAAUUCGGAGAAGUCGGGGUCACCGAGUUCAUCGAGGGGAACCGCCACAAGGUUUCCUCCAGGACAGUGGCCUACCUCAAUUCUGACAUCUGCAGCUCUGGCUCAGAGUUUGCGGUGACAGCUUCUCCGGUCUACAGGUCGUCAUUCAUAAAGGCAACUCACUUGGUACCUGAUUUCCGGAAUAGUUCUGUGACGUACUACAAAGCCUGGUCAGCCGACGUCAACUCCCAAAAGGAUGAGUCUGGCAAACCGAACUUGCCGCCACUAAGGAAGAGAGGCAGCUUCCUGCCCUUCGUGCACUACGCCGGCGUUCCCAGCCUCGACGUCGGCUUCCGGAACAACCUGAGCAAGAGCCUGUACUUCCCGGCGUACGGCACGGCCCUGGACACGCUGGUGCUGGCCGAGAAGUUUGUGGACCCGGGUUUCAAGGUUCACAGGAUGUGCACCCAGCUGCUGGCCACGCUCAUCCGCAUGUGGUCGGACACGCCACUGCUGCCGUACGACCUGACCGAGCUCAAGGGCCAGCUCAACAGCCAGUUCGGGGCCAUGAAGAAGACCUACGAGGCCACCAUCAAGAAGUCCAACAUCAGCUUCGAGGGCAUCGGAAAGGCCUUGGCUAAAUUCAGUACAGUGCUGGACAACUUCCUCGCGGACCUUGAACAUAUUAAAGUGCAUAAUCCCCUGGACGUGAGACGUGCCAACGACAAGAUGAUGAACCUGGAACGAUGUUUCGUUCAGGAAGUGGACGGCAGUGAGGAUCAGGCAAGGCUCCGGAACGUGGUGUUCGGCCUGUCAAGUGCCAGCGACGAGGAAAUGGUGGCUUUCCCGAUGCUGCGCGACAAGUUGAUCGCGCUGCAAUCAUUAUCACCGGAGCUCGACCUCGUGGUCGCGGUGGAAGGCACUAUGCAGCACGCAUCGCUCAUCACCUACGCGCUCCAGCAAGCCGCGCACGUCAUUCACCCGAACGGCUUGCUCUGAGGCGCUGCCAAAGGUCACGUCAGGCCUGCCACGUCCCGGUCAGCGGGAGCUGUCCCCGCCGUUCAUUUUGGACGGACAGAGGAGAAGCUGAGCGAAAGGGGCUCCUUCCGGAAGGGGUCAAGA